AAAAAAAUCCCAGUAACGUUUCGCGUUGUGGUCAGGACUUUUAGAAGGAUGGAAAGCAGGGGCAUUGGUGCUGGCCGGUGUGGUUGUGCGCCCCGGGGUGGAGCUGCUUGCUGUCCCGCGUGCUCGUGGUGCUGAAAUGUGCGCGAUGUCCGCACGGCAAAGACUCCCGGGCUGCCGCUCGCUGCACAUCAACGAGGAUAACGGACGCUUCGUGCUGCUGGCGCUGCUCAUCCUCGCAUACCUUCUGUGCGGCGCCGCGGUCUUCUCAGCCAUCGAGCGGCCGUCGGAGGUGCUAGCUCGAGCGCGCUGGAAUCGGACACUGCACAACUUCAGCGACGCUUUCAACAUCAGCGUGCACGACCUCAGCUCCUUCCUGCGCGAGUACGAAAUCGCGUCGGCCGCCGGAAUCCGUGCCGAUGCCCUCCGACCGCGAUGGGAUUUUACGGGGGCAUUUUACUUUGUGGCAACGGUUGUGUCAACUAUUGGCUUUGGGAUGACAACCCCAGUGACGGUAGCUGGCAAAGUGUUUCUGAUCUUCUAUGGUCUCCUUGGGUGCGCGGCCACUAUUCUGUUCUUUAACCUUUUCCUAGAACGUAUUAUCACCGUCUUAGCUGUGGUGAUGAAAGCUUUUAGGCUACGUCGCUUGCGCACUAGUGGCCUUCUCCCACCAGGAAUCUGCCAGGACUUUGCAGCCAGCACUCUUCCAGGUUGGAAGCCCUCUGUCUACCAUGUUAUGCUGAUCCUGGGCCUGUCAGCUAUCAUAAUCUCCUGCUGUGCCUCAGCCAUGUACACACCCAUAGAAGGCUGGGCCUACCUCGACUCCCUCUACUUCUGCUUUGUCACCUUCAGCACUAUUGGUUUUGGAGACCUGGUGAGCAGCCAGAGCAAAGCCUACAGCUACCAGGGCCUUUACCGGUUGGCUAACUUCCUUUUAAUCCUGACUGGCGUCUGCUGCAUCUACUCACUCUUCAAUGUGAUUUCCAUUGUAAUCAAGCAGGUGCUCAACUGGAUGCUGAGCAAGAUGAGUUGCCUAUGCUGCCAGCGCUGCAGCAAGGCUAGUGCUUUCUUGGGGCGCCGCAAUGCCAUCCGCCCUGGCCCACGCCUCAAACAGGGUCAUUUUGGGCAGCCAUAUGACUCCGAGGGACCUUGCGAUAAUGACCGGGAGGGAAGAAGGCUCUCUGGUGAGAUGAUCUCCAUGCGGGAUUUGGCUUGCUCAAACAAGAUAUCACUGGCCAUCAUGCAGAAACAGCUCUCAGAAUCUGCAAAUGGGUACCCCAGGACAGUUUGUGGAAGCUCACGACACAAUGGCUUCUCGGGUGGAGUUGGAGCUUUGGGCAUCAUGAACAACAGACUGGCAGAGACAAGUGACUCUAGGUAAAAGUAUCUUAUGGAUCAAGAGUAAUACUGUAGUUUACAGGAAAGCUUUUCUAAGUACAGGAGCCCUAAUGUUACGAUGGAUUUUGCUUUGACUACAGCCUGACUUUGCCUUGCGCACAAGUUGCAGUGAAACAGCAUGAUUUGCAUGAUGCAUUUUAUCUAUUCAUUUGAGCCAGGAUUAAUAUGAUACCCCAAUGAUUGGGAAAUUAGACUACAACUCGAAAGGUAAUUGAAUUGAAUUCAGUGGAAUAAGACACCCAAUGUGACUUAAUAAAGUGCAAAAAGUGCAUAAUUUUCUUUGUAAGCCUUUUUAGGGGUACACAGUUAAUCUAAUAGUGGGAGAGUUUGUAGUUAAGUGCAUACGGGAUUCUCUAGCUUUAACCUAUUUAAAAUAUUUGGACUGCAUAGUAUGGCACAGCUAUAGAAACAAUACCGGAAUCUAAAAAAAAUAUUUGGAAUUCUAAACUUCAAACAUUGCCUGUGAUUGAUAUAGAUCUUCUCUGUUAUACAGAAUCAACUCUCUGAACUGUAGUUUAAAUUUACAUCAUUCUCAACCAUCAAACAUAUUGCACAUGCCUAUAUUUCAGCUAUGCAUCUCUUUCUUAUAAGAUUAUUGCUUGAAAUCAUUGCAAGUAAUCUUCAUUUUAAAAAAUUCAAAUGUAGAACAUACAUAUCAGAAUCAUGUUAAUGCAGUUGUGAGAGAAAGUCUAAGACCCCUUUGGAAUUAUCCAUAUUAAUAUUUUGAUGACUUUU